AAGUUGCGACUCACAAGACGUUGCGUUUAUGUGGUCGCUCGCAAAUGCGCACAAUUCUGCACAAUUCUGCACAUUUCUGCACAUUUAAACGCAUUUAAACAACUUUUGACGCCAUCCAGACCCGGCGGAGGCUGUGUGGUGUGCCACAUGCGUCCAGUAUGAGCGGGGGGUUGGCACCAAGCAAAAGCACUGUGUAUGUGUCGAACCUGCCUUUCUCUCUCACCAACAAUGACCUACACAAGCUCUUCACCAAAUAUGGAAAAGUUGUAAAGGUUACAAUCGUUAAGGACAAAGACACCCGCCAGAGUAAAGGGGUGGCUUUUGUUCUCUUCCUGGACAGAGAAUCAGCUCAUAACUGUGCAAGAGCAGUGAACAACAAACAGUUGUUUGGCAGAACAGUGAAGGCGAGCAUUGCCGUAGACAACGGGCGAGCAACUGAGUUUAUAAGGCGACGAAACUACACAGACAAGUCGAAAUGUUACGAAUGUGGGGAUACGGGUCAUCUGAGCUAUGCAUGCCCCAAAAACAUUCUGGGGGAGAGGGAACCUCCGAAGAAGAAAGAAAAGAAAAAGAAGAAAAUGGCUCAACAACCUGAACAAGUUGAAGAAGAAGAGGAAAGUGAAGAAGAAGGAGAGGACCCAACCUUAGAUAGUCUGAGCCAAGCCAUAGCUUUUCAGCAAGCCCGUAUGGAGGAAGAGGAGACACAGAGGAAGCAGGUGCUUUUGUCUCAAGAGGACGGCGCUCACGCUUCAACAUCCGCGGACUCCAAGAAACCAAGGAUCAAAAAGAGCGCAUACUUCAGUGACGAGGAGGAGCUCAGUGACUAAUAACAGAGUUUGGACGUCUGCAAAAAGUUAUUGUCAAAUAUUGCUUUGUAAGUUAUGUUGUAUCGUAGUGGGGUUGUUAAAAACAUGCUUCUAUUUACACUGAUGACAUUAGAUUUUUCCUUUUGUACAUAGCACUGAGACCUUUUUUAUGUUUCUAUAAAUAAAUUGUUAUUAGGGUGAUGGGUUUUUCAAUUGCAGCCAAUAAAACCAUGUUUCUUAAUGACAGACCAAAUAA